AUGACGUCCGGAAACACGACAGUCGACGUCACCGAUGGGCUAUCAAACUCAACCCAUGAUGCGGCACCCGCCCCAUUUGCUCUUGGCAUGCUAGUUCAGCCAAGCUUUCUUCUAUUUGAAGCCCAGGUGAUCCUCAGUGCCUUGGGCAUUAUUUGGAUUGGCGCCCAUGGCUCACUCCGCCGCCCGCCGUCUGCCGCGCUAGCGAAGCGCGAUGUGAACGGCAAGAAGCCAAAGGAUGACCAGUUUACCGAGGGGUUUGCUGCGUCGGAUGCCAUCAUGCUUCCCAUCAUGGCUGGCGCCGUUCUUAUCGGUCUAUACUACCUCAUCGAGUGGCUCCAAGAGCCUGACAUCCUGAAUCGGAUUCUACGUGUAUACAUGUCGACCAUCUCCAUCGCAAGCUUGGGUAGGCUUUCCAUGGAUGCCUUGGAAAUCCUCACCAGCCUGGUGUUUCCAACUAUAUGGGCAGAUCGCAGCGGCAGAAUCUACCGCAUCGAUCCCGUCCGCCGCUGUCAGUUCCUGACCUACCCCAAUGAAGAGGACUCCGAGAUCCUGGCCGAGGGAAAGCAAACUCCGUUCCCUGGGCCCUUGUCAAAUCUGCGGCUCUCGGACCGUGCAAGCCAGAUUGUGUGGGAAAUCCGUCACCUCUUCACCGAGGAAUGGACAGCCCGGCUGGCGAUGCACGGCCUAAUUCAUGUUAAUUUCAACCUGAAGCUCAAUAAUCUGCUUGGUUUUGUUGUCUCCAUCGGGAUUGCCAUUGUCUACUAUUUGGCGGGUUGGCACGUUUUGUCCAACCUUCUAGGCUCUGCCUUCAGCUACACUGCGUUUGCCCUGAUGUCUCCCACCUCUUUUGCUAUUGGAACCAUGGUCCUGGUUGGUCUCUUUGUAUAUGACAUAGUCAUGGUCUUUUACACCCCUUUCAUGAUCGCGGUGGCAACAAAAAUUGAUGCUCCCAUAAAGCUGGUCUUUCGGGGUACUAAGGGUGUCAGUAUGCUUGGCCUUGGAGACAUCGUUAUUCCCGGCCUGCUCAUAGGACUGGCCCUUCGAUUCGACCUGCACCGUUCUUAUCAAACAAGGAUCAAACUCGAGCCAGUCCAGUUGACGUCCGAGCUUACAUCUAGUUCGCCGGGAGAGACAAUCAAGACGACCGAAACACAAUAUCGACAAGUGAAAGCUAUCUACGUCGAUUCUCGAAGCCAGUGGGGAAACAGAUUCUGGACUACCAAGCUCGGACGAACUUCACCUAUCCCAGCGGCGACUUCAGCAACUGUCGCCACGGCUUUUCCGAAGCCCUAUUUCUACGCAUCCAUGGUUGGCUACGCUCUCGGGAUGCUCCUAACUCUGACUAUGCUUUUGGUUUUUAGUCAUGGGCAACCGGCACUUCUUUACUUAGUCCCGGGAGUGACUGGGUCCGUUUGGCUUACCGCCUUGGUUCGUGGUGAACUAAAGGAUAUAUGGGAGUACACGGAAGACGGUAGCCUAGACACCAAGGAUGUCAUUGUUGAGUUGGAUCCCAACGGCAAGAUCGUGAAACAAAUCGAUCAAAAGAGUCCAGGGGACAAGGAACCGGCGAAGGCUGUUGAGGAGGCAGAAGGGGAGACUGAAAAAGUGAAGUCGGUAGCUGAAAGGAAGAAAAAAACCGACGACUACGAGGUUUUCCACUUCUCCAUUACUGCCCCACGUCACAACGCUCCCAAAAUGGAGUAG